CCCAAAAUGACCCAAAGCCUGAAAAAUAGAGAAACCGAAACAUGUUCUUUGUCUCUCAAGUCUCAAUGCCAAGUGACCCGUUUUCCAAAACCCCAUGUGGAUCCGGAAUCUUCAAAUAGGAUUUUUUUUUUUCAACAAAAUUUUCAAUUCUCAAGACCUAAGCCCUAAUUGUGAAUACGUGAUGCUUAGAUACAUGGGAUUCUCUACAUUCAUGUCCCAAGCUUCCGUAUACCCACCUAAGUCGUCGCGGGCGAUGGAUUCCGGUCUACCUCUACCGCCGUCCGGAGGCGAUGGUGAAUUUGACUUCGACGCGGCAUGGUAUGGCAACAUACAGUAUCUGCUUAACAUCUCCGCCAUCGGAGCCCUCACCUGCCUCCUCAUCUUCGUCCUAAUCAAGCUUCGCAGCGACCACAGACGCAUGCCGGGACCGGCCGCAAUCGUCUCCAAGCUCCUUGCUGCAUGGCACGCUACCGGUGGUGAGAUCGCCCGCCACUGCGGUGCGGACGCCGCCCAAUUUCUCUUCAUUGAAGGAGGGAGCUCCGGCAUUCUCAUCUUCCUUGCGAUUCUUGCCGUCACUGUCAUGCUUCCGCUGAACAUAUAUGCUGGGAAGGCUCCAAUUGCUGAUCAGUUCUCAAAAACUACCAUAAACCACAUUGAAAAAGGUUCGCCUUUGCUCUGGAUUCACUUCAUAUUUGUAGUAAUCGUAGUUCUCCUGGUGCAUUAUGGUAUAAAUAAAAUUCAAGAACGGUUGAAAGUAACUAGGCUCAGAGACGUCAAUGGUAAUCCUAGUCAACCAAGUACAAACUCCAGUGCAAUAUUUACUAUAAUGGUACAAGGCAUACCAAAAACAUUAGGUUUUGAUAAGACACCAUUGGUAGAUUAUUUCCAGCUCAAGUACCCUGGAAAAGUGUACACUGUGAUUGUACCUAUGGAUUUGUGUGCAUUGGAUGAUUUAGCUACAGAAUUGGUGAGAGUUCGGGAUGAAAUUUCUAAACUGGUUUCACGGAUUGAAUCCAGGGGCAUGUUGGGUGAGGUUGAGGAGGAGGAUGAAGCCGGAAGGGGUGAAAGUGGUUUACUGCAGAGACUGCAGGGCAUAUGGAGAAGAGGAAAAGAGGUAUGGUAUCAUGUUAUUAAUCAUCUAGGUUUCUCAUUCGAGGAGAGGUUGAGAAAGCUACAGGAAUUGAGAGCUGAUCUGGAAAUGGAAAUGGCGGCCUAUAAAGACGGACGGGCAAGGAGUGCCGGGGUGGCAUUUGUGGUCUUCAAGGAUGUGUAUACAGCCAAUAAAGCUGUUCAAGAUCUUCGAAAUGAAAAGAGAAGGCGGUAUGGGAGGUUCUUUUCUAUCACAGAGCUUGAACUACAGAGAAACCACUGGAAAGUCGAAAGAGCCCCUCUGGCAACUGACAUAUAUUGGAAUCAUCUUGGUUCUACGAAGUUCUCCUUGAAAUUGCGUAGGGUGUUUGUAAACACAUGCCUGGUGUUGAUGCUUUUGUUUUGCAGUUCCCCGCUUGCAAUCAUCAGUGCCCUUGAGACCGCAUGGAGGAUAAUCAAUGCAGAGGCAAUGGACAAUGCUCAGAUGUGGCUUGUGUGGGUGCAAAGUUCAAGCUGGUUUGCUGCCAUAAUCUUUCAGUUCCUUCCAAACGUUCUUAUCUUUGUCAGCAUGUACAUCAUCAUCCCAUCCCUUCUGUCUUAUCUUUCCAAAUUUGAACGACAUCUUACUGUGUCUGGCGAACAAAGAGCCUCAUUAUUAAAAAUGGUUUGCUUCUUUCUUGUAAAUCUCAUUCUCCUCAGAGCACUAGUAGAGUCCUCACUCGAAAGUGCAUUACUAAAGAUGGGCCAGUGUUAUUUGGAUGGUCAAGAUUGCAAAAGGAUCGAGCAGUAUAUGAGUUCUUCGUUUUUGACAAAGACAUGCCUCUCUUCUCUUGCCUUUUUAAUCACAAGCUCUUUUUUGGGCAUAUCUUUUGAUUUGCUUGCCCCGAUACCAUGGAUAAAGAAACAGUUUCAGAAGUUUCGGAAGAAUGACAUGAUUCAGCUAGUUCCAGAAAGGAGUGAAGGUGGUUACCCCUUAGAAAGUCAAGGCACCGCAGAUACUCUGCAAGCCCCCUUGAUAUCUGAAAGGACGUCACAUGUGGUGGUUGGUGAGGUUGAGAAUGGGGCUCCACAUAUCAAUGAUAUUGAUUUCUCAGCGGAAAGCAUGUCUGAAUUCCCACCAGUCAGCAGAACAUCCCCUGCCCCAAAACAAACAUUUGAUUUUGCACAAUAUUAUGCUUUCAAUCUGACAAUAUUUGCACUAACCCUGAUAUACUCCGCGUUUGCCCCCCUUGUGGUCCCGGUUGGUGCUGUUUACUUUGGGUACAGAUAUGUUGUCGACAAGUAUAACUUUCUAUUUGUCUACAGGGUCCGAGGUUUCCCUGCUGGUAACGACGGGAGCUUAAUGGACAGGGUAUUGUGUAUCAUGAGAUUCUGUGUUGUUUUGUUCCUUGUAUCUAUGCUGAUGUUCUUUUCAGUGAAUGGAGACUCUACAAAGCUUCAAGCAAUAUUCACACUUGUCUUGCUGGUUGCAUACAAACUGUUGCCUUGUGAUAACGAUGGGUUCGAGCCUGGUUUGUUACAACGCGUACAGACUGUUGAUAACAUUCUUGAUGGACCCGUUGAUUAUGAGGUGUUCUCACAGCCUGCAUUUGAAUGGGAUUCAUCUGGUCAAUGAAUCAUGUGAUGAUAUAUAUUUGUACAUAUGGUUAUAUAUAAUUUUUUCUGCUAUACCAUAUUAUUCUUUUCCUUUUAAUUGUUAUUUAUUCCUUUUGGUUAAAUGGUUAUGCUAAUGUUAGUCAGUGCAAGCCUUACACAGACUACAAGAUUAUUUACACUGUAUUUAUCCGUAACCAGUUCAUUUUGUUGAAAGAUAAACUAACAACUUUUAUGGUUAUU